GAUUUGAUUUUUGAAACUUUAGAGGUCGUUGUAUGUUGUUUUUGUAGAAAGAGCAAUGGAGGGAUUCGAAGGAGAUAGGGAAUAUACAGAUAUUCCAGAUAUAGCCAUUGUGAGAGAAAUAUAUGAUGGAGAAAAUGCUCAUGAAGCUUUUGAAAAUGAACUAGAAAGGGCACUAGAAGCAGGCUGCUCUACAAUACUCAUAGAACCUUCCCGACUAGGUGAGGAGACUGCCAGGUGGAUAGCUGUUGGAAACUGUCUACAUAAAACUGCAGUUCUUGCAGGAUUUGGAUCAAUAGUAUCUGCUGUUAUGUGGCCUAACAGGUUAUACAUAUCAUGCCCACUUGGUGCUGUUAGCUUUUUUACAGCUGGACUUUAUACUGUAGCUUGGCAGUUUGACCCUUGUUGCAAGUACCAACUUGAGAAAAACCCAAAAACUUUGUCUAAGCUACCUUUACAUACAUUAAUUUCAGUCAGUCCUGUAGUUCUAGUACGAAGAGAUGAUACACGAAAAAAAAUUCUUCAUACAGCAACCACACUUGCAGCUUUGUCCAUCUGUGUUUGGAGGUUGUACAAACUGUAUAGUCCUAGAUUUAUUUAAUUAUUAGGAGUUUAGUUUAAAACAAAAGAAAAUGCCUCGUAAUGACUACAGUAUUGGGCAAAACACUUUAAAUUUUAAUUUUUAAAGUAUUGAUCAUAGAAAUGUUUUUUGUUGUUUUUUUCCUUUCUGGUUUAUCUUCCUGACUUGUUUGGAAAAGCCUUAUGGGUAAUAUUGUUGAAACAUUAUUUGUUUUAAUAGUGCUAUUGUUCUUCCUUGUUUUUUGUUAUUGUUAUCAUUAUCAUUUAAAGCAAUAAGCAUAGUAAGUGGUAUUGUGGUGUAUUGUUAGAAUUGGAAAACAAUGAAUCUUUUUUAUAUGUGAGGAGUAAUCUUAUUAAAUGUCCAGGUUCACCAGAACAUGGUCAAGUUUA